AUGCGAGGAUGGCGAGAUAGAGGGUUCGUCCAGGACUCUGACGAAGAAGAGGAGUUGGACAGCAUUGACACGCAGAGCCCACCACAACCACCUAGCGCUCUUGACACAGUCGACGCGUGUUCUGAUGGGAUUGCAGUUGCGGAGCUUCCGCCUGCUGGGCUAUCCGAGGUCGCGGAUCAAAAAGAAGACGACAGCGAGCACAAUGCGUUCAUUGAAGUUAGAGAGGAGGGCAUUGGAGGAGGCGGAGUGCAGGAUAUUCUAGAAGGGGAGAUUCAGCAGCCGGGCUUACAAGGGGAUAUCUCAACCUCCGAGGGCAAGACAGUGCUUGAAGAUCCACCAGCACUAUCAGACAACGAUGAUUUGAGCGAGUCCCGGCAGGAGCCUCCUCAAGAUUCACCAGGACAAAUUCCCCGAUCGGCGCCUCCGGAGCGGAUUAUGCCGAUCAUUGAGAGCUGUGGAGCCUCACACCAAGAGAUAUUCCAAAGAGACAGGCCGGCCUCCAAGGUCACGGCUAAGGCAGGGGACUAUAUUGAGGAGUAUACGCCCAAUGGAGCCGGAGACGGGAGCAUCGAAGGAGCUAGAGUGGCAGACGCUAUUGAAGAGGGAAUUCAGCAGCCUGGGGCGCAGGAAAAUGUUUCGCCGCUUGAGGAGGAGAAGUGGGUGGAAGCUCUGCCGGCAGUUCGAGAGCCCGGCUAUCUGAGCGAGUCUCAGCAGGCGCUUCGUCAGGAUGAACAAGAAGUAGUACAAAACUCGCCGGAGCGGACCACAUCUGUCAGUGAAAGUCGGCGAAGCUCCUCUCAACAGAUGUCUCAAGGCGACAAUCUAGGACUAUCGGCACCAGCACAGCCGGCAUCACACGCUGCUGUAGGCUCACUGGGGACAGUAGCUGGGGAUGCAUCUGAAGAGGAAACAUCAGGUAGCCCGUGGAGGCCGGCUGUUCAAGUUGUGAUCACCAAACGGGCUGCUAGCGGACAGAAUCCGAAGAACCAGGAAGGGACACCAAACAACAACCGUCGAACAUUCCGGCCAAGGAACCCUAUACAACUUCAUCCAUACCUACUCGAAGGGGAGCACUACCGACGGACAUUGAAGGCGAGGGGUCUGAAGCCAAUCCGCAUCGCAACUCCCGCUCUUCAGCAAGAUCCGGAUACGCAAGCUGCGGAGACACAGGAUCAGGAGUUCAAUGCGGAGGAAGAAAGUCAGUCCGCAAGCCUGGGUUUGAGCUCACCACCAACACAGUCCACCUCGCCGCCCCCGACCGCACGCCCACCUGUCUCUGCGCCUUCCGGUCUACUUCCCGCGGCAAGACUGAGCGAUGGUGGUGAUAGCUCCGACGAUUUGCCCGGCCUUGACACACUUCUUCACCGAGGCGCAGUCGGACCUGUUCAACAGGGCCACAAGCGUCGAAAGAUCGGACAUACAUUCAGUAAGAAGGAAGCAGCUUCACGAAAUGGAUUACCUUCCGGCAAUACACCGAGAACGGACGUAGUACGAGACGUUUACGAUGUUCCGCCCUCACCUCCGACCUCCCAUAGUUCUCCUGCUGGCGUGCCCAACCCUGCUGAUACAACUGCGUUCCGCAUCCCAAGAGGGUUAUCACCUAACGUUGGUAUGCCGACACCGACCACCUCCUCUAUAACGCGGCCUCAUCGGCAGCUCGUGGUAUCGGAAGAGUCUGAGGACGAUACCCCGCCACUUAGCACCAUUCGACGGCGUUUACGGUCCCCUUCGGCUCAAGCCGUCACUGUUGGCUCAUCACAGACGUCCCAGUCAGAGUCAGAGGACAACGAAGAUCCGUCGGAGAUUAAACAAGUGCAGAAGCGCAUCAAGGGUGUUCUGCCAGCGUCGUGGUUGCGGCUCGAUCAGCAAGCCCGGAAGCAGGGACCUGCAGUGCAGCAUGGCCGGGAGCAUCGAGCCGCGUCUCUCGAGCAUGUGGCACCCCAGCGGGGUGUUGCACGGAGGAUAACGGCUACUGGCCGCACGAGGACGACCUCUCCAGAACAACAGCAGCACAGCGAGACGAUAUUGAUCAUGGACGAGUCUAACAUGUCAUCCGGAUCUCCUUCCCCGCAGAAGCCGCGUCCGUCCAUGACCGCAAAAAGUUCAACAACGCCCAGGUUCAAGCGUGUCACAAGUUCCGCCCUAGAGUUUGGUGAUAUCGAAGAAGACGAUACGAUCGACUUCAUGUUGCCUCCAACCUCCCGUAAAAGAGUAUUUGGCAAGGGGCCUCGCAAGCGACAGACGAACAUCACCGAUUCUUUAGGUCAUUCAAGGAAACGCUCAAGAACAAGCCUGAAUAGCUACACCGACCUGCCUCCUAUGACUGCUCGAUCGGCGGCCAACAGGACAUCGGGUAAAUCAACCGUACCGCUACAAAGACCACGAUCCCGAAAACCUCGAGUGCCUAACCUUGGUGUCCUCGAUGCACGGGACUUGAGCCCUAGCCACGGCAGCGCGGCACCGCAUUUCUUGCGCCUGGCAGCUAGGCAGGCGCGGCGACGUCCAGACUACGGUAGACAUAGUCCCUCCGGUAAGGCCAUACGACUUCAGACUUAUGGAGAUAGCGAAGAAGCAAACCGGCCGCUUCGUGACUGGCGAGCAGGCACGCUGGCUCCUUGUUCAGUGCCAGACGUGUCUGCUAGCAGAAUGAGAAUACGGCUGCCGCUGCACGACAUCUCUGACAACAAACAGCAGCAGAGGUUUCCGUCACCCGUCAAGCUUCCAGCCCUUACCGACUCAGAAACAACUGAUCGAGUUCAGUAUUGGAGUAUCCCUUCUGCACGCCGCCAGAGUCCAAAGCUGCAGCAACAGAGGCUGCAGCCAGUCCUACUCAAUUCCGUUGAUACACGCCCCACUGCUCUACCAACCAAAAGCAAUCUAGUUCGUUCAAUCACGACGAGGAACUUGCCAUCGAACCGUCGAGAUCAACAACCUCUGUACAGAGCGGCGCAGCUUGAAGGUCUGGAAACGGACUUCAGUCAGCACCAUCAUCGACGCAGUUUCCGAACAAGUCCAUCUCGAACAAACCACGGUAUCUUUGAUCGUCUCCACAGCGAAAGCACUACAACCAUUCUCCGACUCGAGAGGUUCCUGGCUGAUGAUGAUGCGGUCGCGCCCGAAACAAUACGACAACACCAUGAGGACGAGGCCGUUCAAUCGGGUAUCGGACAAGCUGAAGCCAUCGUUGGGCCCCGAGCUCAAAAACAGUCCAAGAGGAAGCCGCGGAAGCGCCCGCCCAUGCGGAUAGACGCCGAGGCUCGAGAGUUCAGACAGCCUGAAGAUCCGCUUCCGCCUGAAGACACUGCUAGUGUUGUAUCAUCGACGGUGGUAGACGCUGAGCAAAACACACUUCGUGGACUCGGCCCCUAUGGUACUCGGUAUCCCAUAGACUUCGAUAUAUGCCCUCUUGGUGUGGGCACUUUCUUCCAUGAUACUACUUUUGUUGGCAGUGGCGAGUUUCUUCAGAGCUUGACGCUGCUCGAACGUGAUCUUGACAUGGCUGCUGGACACGCUUCCAUCAACUAUUGUGGAAGGCACGUCUGCUGGAGCUUCUGGACUGAAGAGGUGGCUUCUGAGAUGGCGGAGUUCUUUCUACUAGCUACGGAAAGAAUUAAGGCUAUGCGCAUGCCCGAGCCCGACGAACCAGACAGCAGCAUUCACCAGCACGUUGGCGCAGCGACGGACAUCAACGUCUUCCUCAGAGCAUUGACAAGAUACUUUAGGGGUAGCCUCAGUUUCCUCGACCCGAUUGACCGCCGGUCGUUCGUCAGCAGAAUGCUGGUAACUCUGCAACAGUUCCAAAUCGCUAUCGAUCACAAGCUUACGACCCUGCCGGCUGCACGAGAGUUGCAACAGCCGCUUGGGGGUCACCUGCGUCGAAGCCAGCUCUACCUACUAGUCAUGACCUAUCAGCUGCUGCAGAUAGGAAAGCAUCCCGUAGUCGAUAACGCUACCCUGGCCGAAGUGCAGGAUAGCAUUCGCCUCCUUGCUCGAACUCUUACCAAGGAUCUAUGGAAAAACGGAAUGAAUGAGACGAGGGCCUUCCUUGAAGGGAACAGAAGACAUGCGCAACGCGAAGCCGGAAUUCGCAAUGAUGGUUCAAGCGUAGGGACGAUCGUAAUUCUCAUGCAUGUAAUGGACCACGCUCAGAUAUCGGCUGCCUCGUUCUGGGAGAUCUGGAACGAUGAAGUCUCGUCAGGCAUGGCGUGCAUGAACCGCUUGCAGCAGUUCGAGCGCAUCUGGUACGAUCUCUUCACCGUCUUGCCAAUCGGAGAAUUUGACGCAAAUGGAUUGCUUAGAGUUGGGAAACGGUUCCAGGGUUCGGCGGAGCAUUGGGGCCUCGUAAGGGCGCUACUCGGUCGGCUGUUUACGCUCUACCCCGAGACUUGCAGUAACAGAAGCGCUUCUGUCAACGACUAUUUACGAGCUAUACUUGCAAGGUGCCAUCGAUUGAUUCACGAUUGGGGUUGGCGCAGGUGCGAGUCGGUCCUCGGCACCAUGUUCGACUUCUUCGCCCGCAACAACCUCUCCCCACUAUUCAAUGAAGAGAGUCGAGGCUCACCGCUGUUCCUCGAGUCCCUCCGUGAGGAACCGGCACUGGAUGUUCAACAGGGGGAUCGAGCUUUCCACAUCUUCCUCAAGACUCUUGCGGUCGGCUUAAAGAGUAUGCGCUCACUAUACACCGAGAAGCGAAUUGGUGGCAUAGUGUGGCGCUUCAUCCCAAAUCACGGUCGCACCUAUCGCAAGGAUGAGGAGCUCAAGCGGGCGGACGUUGAUGCACUUCGGAAUCAUCAUGAUCUACUCUGCACGUUGUAUUGGGUUUCGCCGGCUGGCUGCAGACCGCGGCCCGAUCUACUCCGUAACCUCGUCGACCAUAACCUGUCACACACAGAGGCUUGCCGGGUCAACAUCAGAGCAUGGACGGAUCUUACAAGGUAUCAGAUCUCCACGGAUGAGCCAGCCGCGGCGAUGGACCCCUUCGCAACGUGGUUCAGGGAUAUAGUAGAUCAAACCGUUGCUCAGUAUCGCUGGGCAAGGACCGAAGCGGAGGGUCAUUACGAGAAGGCCAGGAUCCAGGGUAACGGAGUCAUCUCCACCGAGUUGCUUCAGCGGACGAUUAGCAACAAUCAGGAGCAGGUGCUCGCGAUUCUGAGUCAUGCUGUCAUUGGCAUGAGAAGCGCGAUAUCGAUCGCCCAAAAAGAAACUGCUGCCACGGCGUUGCUUCUGAACUCUUCGGUAACUGCGGUCUUCGGCCUAUUCGACCCCAAGAAUGCCAAGGUUGAUCAGGUCGUUGUCGAAGCACUGGGUGUGAUUCGGGCGCAUGCGGCGCUACUCAACCGCCGGCAAGCGAAAGACCAGAGCCAGCAACCGAGCGAGGAGAGUCAGGAUUACGGGGAAUGGCCGGACCUUGAGGACGAUGCGACGACAAAGCAGUGCGAUGAAGCGGCAAAGCCAGCCGUUGAGUUCAUACAUGAGCCCCUGGCGCAUCUGCUGUCCAAUUGUUUUGGAGCCGAGCCUGCUCCAUCUGAUAGACUGCUCACUGAAGUCAUCGAUACAUGGGCAACAGUAGCAGCCUUGCAAGUGCGGUACAACACCAAGACCUGGGAUGACUAUAUUAGCGCGUAUGGCCAGGCGUCGUGGCAUCAACUCCGAGAUACAGAGCAGACUCGCAAAUUUACAGCGUACUUCUUGUCAGCUAUCGUCGAAAGCGAUCCUACAGCCUAUCAGGACCAUUGUUCGACGUUCGUUUCCUCGUGGAUCCUCUCACUCAUGGAGCGGGAGUCAAUGCUCAAGUAUCAGCAUCGCCUCACUACGGUUUUGAUAAACAACGAUCCCACGAACCCACUUCUGCGUAACCUGCCGUUCCUGGCUGGUCCUCGAACUGGACGCUACGAGAUUUCCGCAGGCGAGCUACGCGAACGCCGUCUCAGUUUGGUCUCCGGCAUUCUGGCGAACAUGCGCGAAGAGUAUGAAGCGGCGAUGCACGACAGGCCCGACGAGCUCGUGGAGCUGCGAAGAGACUAUUCCGAUAUUCUCAAGCAGGUUAUGAUGGCAACGAAGAAACACUAUCAAGAGCUACAGCAAGGCACGGCCGUUCGAGGCGCGUAUGUCGAAUUCGUGCAGAAGGUGGUUGGAUUUUUGCAGCAGUACACCGCCGACAUAUGCCCAGUUGACAAGUUUUUCACCGACUCCGCUGCUUUUCCACUGCCGGCUACGGAUCCAACCUACGUUGUUGGAAGACUAAAAGGCUAUGCAUCGAAGCUCUCAGACCCUCGAAUGGUCAAGCAGCUUGCAGUGUUCAUACAGACAGUAUCUGAGCGCGCCGCUGUCGAUGAUCAGCAGGCGUAUCUGGUCGAUCAGAUGUACACGGCCGUGUCUGGAACGUUCGAAUCGGGCAACCUGGAGCGGCCUUCUUUGCGAUACGUGCUCGUGCAAGCCGUCUUCCCAGCAUACAUCGAGCAGUGUUUCAAAUCCGCGACUGGUUGGAUCCUAGCGAAGCCGGUUCUGCAAGCUUUAACGCAGAUGCUCAGUAACUUACAAUUCGACACUGACGUUACCGAUCAGUCGAGUCGUAGCGCUGUGGUACAGAUGAUUACAGGGACUCUGAAAGUCCUCCGUCUUACUGUGGAGCUGCUGGUCGACCACUCUGGUCUCCUCGAGCAACCAUACAUCCUUCACAUGCUUGGAGUUGUCUUCCAGACCAUCACGGCCCCGGUUCUGCUACUAGAUUACAUAAUUCGGCGAACGCGGCAUUCGGGAAGCGCACUACAACACAUCAAAUUCUUCCGAUCGUUUGGCGCAUUUACUGCCCAAAUGAUACGCGGUCAGGAGGAUGGUCCUGCUCCCGAGCUUGAAGUGAAUUCAUCGGAAGAGAGCAACGAGAGGUCACCAGAAAAGACGGAUGAAGGUUUCGAUGGUGUCCGCCAGUUUUGCGCUCGCGAGCUCGACCAGGUCAUCACGGCGAACUGGGCUAAGUACGGGGAUCAGUACUACUUGAUCCGAGGCAACAUUAGGAAGGAGGUCAGAGUAGACCUAAGAACGGUGGAUGAGGAGCGCGUCAAGGUCCUCGCUGCUAUCGACGACUUCAACAUGACUGUUGGUAGGAUGAGCUCAUUCGGCGACCGGGCGGUGCACCAGAAAAGGGAGCUGCAUCAGUGGAUGAAGGGGCUAGUGUUCUGA